GUAUAUUUCGCCAGUUAUGGUCACACUGUUUUCAAUGUGUGUUGUGUGUGUUGCAUUUCGUGAUAAACAAUUUUGGAAAACAAUUUACGCACAUUUGCUGGGCGAAGAAGCAAACAAAAUGUCGAAAUAAACAACCAGCAAGUGCCUAAAUCUACGCACUAUCCGCCCGCUGAUAGUUAUACCGGUUAUCGGGUGACUCCACCCCAAAUCAACGGCACCAGCAGCAGCAGCAUCAUAAGCAGCAACAACAACAAUAACAGCCACCACAUUAACAAUAACAAUAACCACAUCUGCAGCAGUGGCAGCAGCAGCAGCAACAACAACCACAGCUUGACGACACCAAUCAGCGGCAGCAGCAGAAUGGACACCGACGAUGUGGAAUCGAACACCAGCAGUGCGAUGUCCACGCUGGGCUCGCUAUUCUCAUUCACAUCGCCGGCGGUGAAGAAGCUGCUGGGCUGGAAGCAGGGCGACGAGGAGGAGAAGUGGGCGGAGAAGGCCGUCGACAGUCUGGUGAAGAAGCUGAAGAAGCGCAAGGGCGCCAUCGAGGAGCUGGAGCGGGCGCUCUCCUGUCCCGGCCAGCCCUCAAAGUGUGUCACCAUUCCACGCUCGCUGGACGGACGAUUACAGGUCUCCCAUCGCAAGGGUCUGCCGCAUGUGAUCUACUGCCGCGUGUGGCGCUGGCCCGAUCUGCAGUCGCACCACGAACUGAAGCCACUCGAGCUGUGCCAGUAUCCGUUUAGCGCCAAGCAGAAGGAGGUGUGCAUCAAUCCGUACCACUAUAAGCGCGUGGAGAGUCCGGUGCUGCCGCCAGUACUCGUUCCUCGCCACUCGGAAUUCGCGCCGGGUCACUCGAUGCUGCAGUUCAACCAUGUGGCCGAGCCCAGUAUGCCGCACAACGUGAGCUACUCGAACAGUGGAUUCAACUCGCACAGCUUGAGCACCAGCAACACAUCGGUGGGCAGUCCGAGUUCCGUGAACUCCAAUCCCAAUUCGCCCUACGACAGCUUGGCGGGAACACCGCCGCCCGCCUACAGUCCCUCGGAGGACGGCAACUCUAACAAUCCGAAUGACGGUGGCCAGCUGCUGGAUGCUCAAAUGGGCGAUGUCGCCCAGGUUAGCUACUCGGAGCCCGCCUUCUGGGCGUCGAUAGCCUACUACGAGCUGAACUGCCGGGUGGGCGAGGUGUUCCACUGCAACAAUAACUCCGUGAUCGUCGACGGUUUCACGAAUCCUUCCAACAACUCGGACCGCUGCUGCCUCGGCCAGCUGAGCAAUGUGAACAGGAACAGCACCAUCGAGAACACACGCCGUCAUAUAGGCAAGGGCGUUCAUUUAUACUAUGUGACCGGCGAGGUCUACGCUGAGUGCCUGUCCGACUCCGCCAUUUUCGUGCAGUCGCGCAACUGCAACUACCACCACGGAUUCCAUCCGAGCACCGUGUGCAAAAUACCGCCGGGCUGCUCGCUGAAGAUCUUCAACAACCAGGAAUUUGCUCAGCUGCUGUCGCAGUCGGUGAACAAUGGAUUCGAGGCCGUCUACGAGCUAACGAAGAUGUGCACGAUCCGGAUGUCGUUCGUGAAGGGCUGGGGGGCGGAGUAUCAUCGCCAGGACGUGACCUCGACGCCCUGUUGGAUCGAAAUCCAUCUGCAUGGCCCGCUUCAGUGGCUGGACAAGGUGCUCACCCAAAUGGGCUCGCCGCAUAAUGCAAUUAGUUCGGUAUCCUAAGCUUAAGACGAGGCGCAAGUCCUCAGUGUAGACGGAAAAGAAAGAAUACAAAACCAGUAGCUAAAUGAGUGCGUGUGAGUGAAAGCUAAGUGUGAAAAGACGUAGAGAACACAGGACAAUGGAGGGAGUAUAGAUCUGUGCCUGAGAAUGAGAUACGCAACUGAUAUAUGCCACUCAGCUGCAGAUUUAUAUAGAUGUACGCAAGCUACUCCAACACCCGCCCUUUGCCCAUAUUUUAUAGUUUAUCGUAUGAUUUUCUAUGCGAAUGUCAUUCCUAACGCUAAAACAGAGUAAUGAAAGAGGACAGCGAGCUAAGAAACCAAUUACAAAAUGGUAUAACUAUUUACAAUGAUCUACAUGCUAUAAUAUUAAUGAUCUAUGCCCAUUGGCAAACAGUUCUUGUUCAAGUCUAUUUCAAGUGCUAAUUAUGUGUCAUUGCAAAACUGCUUUAAAUAUAAAAAAAAAACAAAAAACACAUUUAAUUAAUCCUACCAACUUUUAUUACAUAAGGACAAGAAAUUUACAUAGGGAUAUGAAAACACUUAUUGCAAUACAUUUCUUAAAAUGAUUUUGAAAAACCCUAGCUUAUGUUUUACUCUUCUCAUUUGCGGUUUGUCUUUGAUCAACGAAUUCAAUGUUCAAUAUAGUUGAUUUAAAUAUAUGGUUUAACUAAUUUUAAGUUACAAACAAAUCGAAAACAUCAAACAAGUAAAGAUACCAGCGAAAUUUAAGAAUGGAAAAAUCGCUACUGAAUCAAUACAUUUUUCCAAACAAUAUGAUCUUUUGUUAUCUUAAGUAAAAAUAAUAUUGUUUAGACCACGAGAAAAUUGCCUUUUUAUAUAAAAAUAUACAUGUA